AAGAAGUUAACUGUUCCUGUGUUGUGAUGAUUUCCAGAGUGGAGGAAAAGAAGACUUGACAAUUGGAUUUCUCAGUGUCAGUGUUUCUGUUGCACUUCGUAUUUUACAAGUUAAAGAACUUCAUCAACAAGUCUGAAUCAGUCAUUGGAAAAACCCUAACAAUGUUCAGCUUUGAGGGAGAUUUCAAAACACGACCCAAGGUGUCAUUGGGCGGAGCGAGUAAAAAGGAAGAAAAAGCCUCCUUGUUGCAUCGUACACAAGAGGAAAGACGGAAAAGAGAGGAAGAAAGAAAAAGGCUGAAAAAUGCAAUCAUCAUUCAGUCCUACAUACGUGGCUACCAAGACCUAAAGCAACAGUAUGCCAUUCAGAGGGCUAAGUUUGAUGAGUCUGUCAGUCAGUCACAGGCAGAGGGAACGCAGCACGUCAUGGCUGCCACUGCUCUAUGCCUCCUAUCGAGACGACUUAUAUUUUUCUACAGACAGAGUGUGGACGCACAUAGAUUGAUAUGGUUAUGCCAGAACCUGGUGAAACACAACAGUCAGUUCGUGAAGCUGUUAAACAGUCCCCAGAAGCCGUCAUGUGUAUUUCAGAUCAAAAGAAUCCUGGGAUUUUGCUGCAGACUCCUGCAAAAUUGCCCAGAUGACAGUUUAAACGUUGCUGUUCCCAUGCGGAUGUUAGAAAUCUUUUCUUCAGAGAGAACUUAUCUUAUUGUUAUUCCAGACGCUAACAAUGUAGCUUCAUUACUUGAGCAGAUUUUGCACUAUAUGGUACAAAAAGGAUACUACAAGUCACUGUAUAGUCUAGUAAAUCACAGACUGCCCUCCAGUCUGGAGUACAGCGAUGCUCCCUCUAUUCCUCUGGCAAGCACACUGUUGGAGCACAUCCUCAAACCUUUGCACUUUACUUACUCCUCCUGCACAACAGGCGCAAGGCAGUUUGUAUUUGCGGCGUUUACCGAGGAGUUCAUUUCUGCGCCGUUCACCGAGCAGAUCUUUCACUUUUUUAUCCCGGCUCUGUCGGACCGUCGUCUCUCGUUCCCGUUCGAGGCCUUUCUGAGCUCCCUGCAGGUCACCAUCGACUCUUUCUCAGCAGCACAAAGCCAGGCGCCAUGGCUCUUCUACUUUGUCCUCUCUGCAGGAGAGAACUGCUUAGGCUCACUAUCAGAGGAGGGACAUCUGCUCUACCUUCGGGCUCUGCAGGCUCUACUGCCGCUGCUUCCGGUGUCGGAAAGCACCAGCCGGCCGGAAGUGAACAGUGAUUCAGAGGAUGAUGAUGAUGGUGACAUGCACCCUACACCCAUGCAGGACAACAGCCGCAUUUCUGUGCAGCUGAUAACGGAGGAAUGCAUCCACAAGCUGGACACAAAACAGCAGACUAAUGCCCUGCUGAACCUGGUUUGGAGGGACUCAGCCAGUGAGGAGGUCUUCACCAUGAUGGCAUCCAUUUGUCACACGCUUAUGGUGCAGCAUCGACUCAUGGUGCCAAAAGUCAGACUCCUGUACAGCUUAGCUUUCAAUGCACGUUUCCUGAGGCAUCUGUGGCACCUGAUAACCUCCAUGACAACUAAAAUGAUUACCGGCUCCAUGGUGCCGCUACUCCAGCUGAUCUCUCGGGGUUCCCCCAUGUCAUUUGAAGAUUCAAACCGGAUCAUUCCCCUCUUUUACCUCUUCAGCUCUCUCUUCAGUCACUCUCUUAUCUCUGUGCAUGACAGCGAGUUCUUUGGACAUGAAAUGGAAGGUCAGAUGCAGUCCACCAUGAUGCCCUUCACUCUGUCUGAGCUGGUGACUUUGUCCCGCUGCCUGAGAGACGCAUGUCUGGGAAUCAUCAAGCUGGCCUACCCUGAGACUAAAGCAGAGCACAGGGAGGAGUACAUGGCUGCCUUCCGCAGCGUGGGCGUCAAGACGAACACCGAGGUCCAGCGGCGCAUCCAGGCCGAGCAGAAGCGCUGGGUGCAACUCUUCAAGGUCAUCACUAACUUGGUGAAGAUGUUGAAAGCUCGCGACAUCAGACGACCUUUCUGUCCGGUGGGUCACUGGCUGUCUGAGGAGGUCAACAUCCGGGCCGAUAAGGUCACCCAACUUUAUGUCCCAUCAGCAAGACACGUGUGGAGAACAAGAAGGAUGGGGCGCAUUGGACCUCUUCAGUCUACGCUUGAUGUUGGUUUUGAGCCUCCGCAGCUCUCUGUGUCUGAAGAGAGACAUCUGGCCAUCCUCACAGAGUUGCCUUUUGUUGUUCCAUUUGAGGAGCGAGUCAAGAUCUUCCAGAGGUUGAUCUCUGUGGACAAACGUGACGUGCAGGGGGAUGGGCCGUUCCCCGACGGCAUCAAUGUCACCAUCAGACGCAACUACAUCUACGAAGACGCCUACGAUAAACUCUCCCCAGAAAAUGAACCAGACCUUAAGAAGAGGAUUCGAGUCCACCUUCUCAACGCUCAUGGUCUGGAUGAGGCAGGCAUCGACGGAGGCGGCAUCUUUCGCGAGUUCCUCAACGAGCUUCUCAAAUCGGGCUUCAAUCCCAACCAGGGCUUUUUCAAAACCACCAACGAGGGUUUGUUGUAUCCAAAUCCUGCUGCAGAGAUGCUGGUGGGCGACUCCUUCACGAGACACUACUACUUCCUGGGCAGGAUCCUCGGAAAGGCACUCUACGAGAACAUGCUGGUAGAAUUGCCCUUUGCCAGCUUCUUCCUGUCCAAACUUCUGGGAACCAGUGCAGACGUGGACAUCCACCACCUUGCCUCUUUAGACCCUGAGAUGUAUCGCAACCUUCUGUUCCUCAAGAGCUACGAGGGCGAUGUGGAAGAGCUGGGCCUCAACUUCACUGUGGUCAACAACGACCUGGGAGAAGCUCAGGUGGUGGAACUGAAGCCAGGAGGAAAAGAUAUCCCGGUGACAACAGCCAACCGGAUAGCUUACAUCCAUUUAGUGGCUGACUACAGGCUCAACAAACAGAUCAGGCCUCACUGCCUGGCCUUCAGACAGGGUCUGGCCAAUGUGGUCAACCUUGAGUGGCUGCGUAUGUUUGAUCAGCAGGAAAUCCAGGUGCUGAUAUCUGGGGCGCAUGUUCCGAUUUGUCUCGAUGAUCUGAAAAACUUCACAAACUAUUCAGGUGGAUACUCUGCUAACCACCCUGUCAUUCAGACCUUCUGGGAAGUGGUCGAAGGAUUUACAGAUGAAGAAAAGCGCAAACUGUUAAAGUUUGUCACCAGCUGCUCCAGACCUCCGCUGCUAGGCUUUAAGGAGCUUUAUCCAGCCUUCUGCAUUCACAACGGUGGAAGUGACCUGGAGCGCCUGCCUACAGCCAGCACCUGCAUGAACCUGCUCAAGCUCCCAGAGUUCUGCGAUCAACACCUGAUGAGGAGCAAGCUGCUAUAUGCCAUCGAGUCGAGCGCCGGGUUCGAGCUCAGCUGAGCCGGGACAAAAAUUUGUUCAUUUCAGUGCCGGUGGACCCGACGCCAGUGAGGUGGCUUUAGAGUAAAAGACUCUAAAUAGAAGAGAGAAGGCUAAAAAAAAAAAUGCACUGAUUGAUUAUUGUGUUUCUGUCGGCGUGUGUGAGUGCCAAGUAAAAGAAAAAAAAAAGGGAGACAUUUAGUGGGAUGUUUUCUUUUAAACACUUGUUUUUAGGACAUUUUAAAAUCAGUUUAGAGAACCAUACAGGAGAUCAGUGUUGCAUCUGACAUUUAAAUGCAGAUGAUGGUAAACAAGAGCAAUGGCAACUCACUGUGUCAUUUAAUGACGUGAAGUAUUGUUUUUCCACCAAAGAGAAAGUGGUGUUGUAUUAAAAAGGCAAUAUGACAGCUUGUGGUGCACCAAAGGCUGCUGAGAGGGACCAUCUUUGCCAAGAGCUAACAAAGUGUUUUCGUGUGAGGUUGUUGAAAUUCCAGUUUUUGUCAUUUCUAGGUGACUGUGCCUUGCAAAAGUAUUUAUACCCCACAAUUAUUAUUUUUUUCCAUUUUAUUGAAACAAACUGUUAUGCAUUUUAUGCAAUCACUAAGUAAGGAAUAAUUAAGUGGAAGGAUAAGAAUGUAAGAAGAUUUUAGGUCUAAAAGAAAUUAUGCAUGCAUUUGUAUUCAGUUUUGCCACAGAUUCUCAAUUAUCCUUCGGUCUGGACUUUUAUUAGGCCACUCUAAACCAAGAGUAUGAUUUGUUCUGGCUUUCUGCUGUUUCUCUGCCUACAAUAAGUUUUUUGUUCUGUUGGUAGAUGACCAACUAUUGGGGUAAAUAGUCUUCUUUCAUCUGGAGAGAAUGUAGACCCAUUAAUCAUUGCAUAAACUUUGGUCAGCUCUCCUGUCCAGUAAAACAUCCCAUAGCAUAAUGCUGCUCCCAUCAUGUUUUGCUGUGGGGAUGUAGUGUUAAGGGUGAUGCGUAGUUAAGUUUUCUGAAAAGGUUCAAUGUUUGUCUCAUCUGAUUUGAGCAACUCCUUUUAUGUGUUUGCUUACAUGCCCUACAUUCCCGCAAGCCCUUAAAGGCCUUUGGGAAAAUGCCAACGGGACUUCUUGUGGCUUUUUUUUUUCUUCCAUAAAGGCUUUACAGACAAUAUACCUAAUAGUUGCUCUACUGGAUCUCUGCAGCUCCCCCAGAGUUACCAGUGCCCCAUUACUACUACUCAGAGUUUUGUGGCCUUUCAUUCUCCACAGUUUCAUCCCUUUUCUAUUAAUCAAUUAGUCUUUAUGAGGCUGUUUGAUCACUGUCAUCCAACAAACCUCAGAGGCAUUUUGAGGAUUUAGCUGGGCUUUAUUAAAGUUUACUAGGAUAAAAAGAGUUGAAAACAAAUGCAUGUAUGAGGUAUUUUGUGUUGCUCUAUCACAGAAAAUCCAAUGAAUGACAUACAAGUUUAUGGUUGUAACAUGAUAAAAUACGGAAAAGAUUAAGGGCUAUGAAAACGUUUGCAAGGCACUGUAACUUGUGUUACGUUUUAUGCCUAAAACCCAUUUUCCACACAGUAUCUGAAAUCUCGAGAAGACUAGACUUGCUGGGAUAAAUUAGAGGAAAGCAUUAUAUGAUUACGGCUUUGUGAAUAUGUAUAUGUUUUAAACCGCUCUUGUACGAGUCAUGUAUUUCUUAUUUGUACAGGUUUGUUUCCGUUCCCCCAUGUACCCGCUUAGGUGAACAGUUUUUUCGCCUGAUCAGCACAUGACGGCUUGUGUCCUACUGAUGACCUGUGUACCAACAGGGUGGAGAGAGUGAAUAUGGAUAUGAAUAAAUCCGCUUUUCUUUUUGCA